UUUUAAUCUAAAUAAAAAUUUUCGUAUUAUACUACGGGGCCAAAUAAGUCUACUUUCGAAUCUCAAAUUUUAUAAACAGCAAACAACAAAUCGCGUAGUUAGUUCAAUUCGACAAUCUGGCGUCAAAACCCGGUACUGCCGUUUACAGCCGCAAUUCUAUCGAUACCAAGAUGGUACCAAACGCUACAACCCUUUUGGCUGCGAAGACCACUAUGAGCACGCACUUUAACGGAACACUGGGGCUAAAUUCCACGUUUCUAGUCCCAACGUACAUGAGUCAGGAGGAGUUUCUCGCGUUGCAGAUGACAAACACAUCAGACGCAAACACUACAGCGUCGAACGAUACCAUAAUCAACCAAGUGAUACUAAAAACCUGGUACCCAAGUGGGUAUUCGCCUGCGCACAUCAUUAUCGCAUCAGUGGUUGUGACAGUGUUAAUGAUAAUGGUGGUAGUAGGUAAUAUGUUAGUUAUAAUAGCAAUAGUGACAGAAAAAGCAUUAAAAAAUAUACAGAAUUGGUUUAUAGCGUCCCUAGCAGUGUCAGACUUUUUCUUAGGGUUAGUAAUAAUGCCAUUUUCACUCGCGAAUGAAUUAAUGGGCUAUUGGAUUUUCGGGUUUUGGUGGUGUGAGAUACAUUCAGCCAUGGAUGUGUUGUUGUGUACUGCCUCGAUUAUGAAUUUGUGUCUUAUAUCGUUGGAUCGAUACUGGAGUAUUACGCAGGCCGUGGACUACCUUAAAAAGCGGACGCCAGCACGAGCCGCGCUUAUGAUAGCUGCUGUGUGGCUUAUGAGUGCGUUAGUGUGUAUACCGCCUUUACUAGGGUGGAGAGUCAGCCGUCCCCCCGAGCAGUUCCCACAGUGCAAGGUGUCCGACGACAUCGGUUACGUGAUAUAUUCUGCACUGGGGAGCUUCUACAUCCCAUCGUGCAUCAUGGUGUUCGUGUACAUUAGGAUAUACUUCGCAGCUAAGGCCAGGGCCAGGAGAGGAAUCAGAAAGAAUCCAAGACCAAGGCCGAACGAGCAACAAACGAGCUUCAGUAACCCGCCCAGAGGGACGCGGCCAAUGCCUGCGACCCACCCCAUGCCGGCUGGACAUCUUAAUACUAACAAUAAUGGGGAAACUCAAAUAUCAACUAUAGAAACACCGCAAGUUCAAAUACCAACAGUGACGUGUGAUUUAGCGUCAGACAUAUCGACGAGCGAAGCGGGGGAUACCGUACCUCCUCCACCAGACGAACGAAAAGAUACGUUAAAGGUGGUAACAUCAGCGCAAGUAACAAAAAACCCAUUAGCGGCGUGUCCUCUGAGAAGUUCAUCGCUAUCUGUGAACGGUGAGCUACAACUGCAACAGACACGGGGCCGGGCACCGAGCGUGGCCAUCGACGCUGACAUGGUAUCUGAACUAGAACCUUCUUCCUCAGAUUCCGGUGUCGUAAGCCGCUGCGGAGGAGUCAAACCCCUAAAGCUGAGGAUCUUCAAAAAAUCCGACAGGAGACAAGAGAAAUCUCAGCCCAGCAGGUCCGAGUUAGAACCGGCAUUGCCGAAGCCGCACAAGCCUAGAGAUCCCGAAAGGGAGAAGAAACGAUUGGCCAGGAAAAAAGAGAAGCGUGCUACUUUAAUAUUAGGCUUAAUUAUGGGCAGUUUCAUAGCGUGUUGGCUGCCAUUUUUCUUUCUUUACAUUUUAAAGGCUGCCUGCAGACAGUGUGUCAUACCGCCUAAUGCAUUCGCAAUCGCAUUUUGGCUUGGUUACAUGAACUCUGUGCUAAAUCCUGUAAUAUAUACGAUAUUUAAUAAGGACUUUAGGAGGGCGUUUAGAAGAAUAUUGUUUAAGUGAUGUUUAGCUUACCUGUGCUGCUAUAGAUGUGUCGCCAACCGAAUUAUGUUGGCUCAGCGGCGGGCAGCACCAGGUCUUUACAAUGUACGUUAAUCGCAUCAUACUCGUACGUCACCAUCACUUGUUGUCAUCUAAUGCUGAGUAGAUUGUGAUGAAUUGGGAUAUUUGGUUGCUGAUGUAAGAGCAGUUUUUUUGUUAACGUUUUCAUUUAAACAAUAACUUUUAUAUUAUCUUCAUUGGAGUCAUAUUUUGUGAAUGAAAAUGAAACAGUAUUCAAAGUACUAAAAUUACAUGAAUCAAGUAUAGAUACACUAUAAGAAACAACAUUAUUUAUAAUAUUUCAAGAUUUUAAUAAAUCUUAUUCAUAUUUUUAUUUCAAAUGAAAUCCCAUGAAAUCAGUAGUAACUUAAAAAAAUAUAUAAUCUCUUGCGUCAACAUCCAAAGAAUAGAGGGUUUCUUAGAAAAUAGAUUUAAUCUAUUUAAUAGGUAAUAGCCAUUUGUAAUUUCUUAGGUCGGCUUGUCUUUAGAUUUUAGUAGAAAAGUCAUUUCAUGUAAAAUUAACCACCAAUAAUAACUGAUGGUAAGUAGUAACCGUCACUAAUGAAGAGCGCCACGAACAUCACGUAAUCGAGAAUCUGACGCCAGAGAUACGACUACUCAUGCAAUGCCAUUCCGAAGAAAUAAGAUAAAUUUAGGUAGUAUGUAUCCUUAGACUGUAACUUCAUAUAAUAGAAUCAAGUCUAAUAUCUAAUAAAGUAUAAUAGCUUAAUAAAUUUAUAUUUUAUAAUACACAAUUUUAUUCCAAAGUAUUCCUGUUGUAACUUUCAAUCUACCUCUCUCUCUAUCACAAAUAAUACUGAAUGCUUAUAAAAGUGGACGGAUACUGAAGAUAUGAUCCAAGACACACGAUUAUCAAGUAGUAUGGAAAAGAUGUUAAUCUUUACAUGAAAUGACUAAGAAAUUAAUUUGCUAUAAAAGAAUAUAUUGUAAAGAAAUAAACUCGUUUCAUUUAUUGUAGUUUUUUUAAUAUUAGUAGUGAAAUUUGUAUAGUUAAACAUACUAAACUG